CCCACCCAUACCGUCCACUCCAAUUCCUGUAUUCAAGAAAUACGCAUACUAUGAUGGAAAAGGAAAGCUUCUCAAACAAAUGUAUAAAGAAAGCCGUGCAUGCUAGAGUAGCUCGCAGCCGGGCAGGCAUCGAUGAUCUUCCCACUGAAAUACUGAUGGAAAUUCUCAUCUUAUCACCUCCCAUCCCUUUCCGCUUCUACCCUUACUUCACCCCAUACCAUUCCGGAUUCAUGUGGUUCUUCACCUUGACUGCGGUGUGCAGACGCUGGCGUCACAUCGCUUGGGGCACAGCUCGGCUCUGGAACAACCUCUAUUGGGCUAGAGACAUGACCCACCCCGGAAACUGUAUCGAGCUACAGUUGCAGCACCUUCACAGACUCACUCACGUCCCAAUAUUCUUCACGAUUGAGCUAUCAGACGAAGCUGCUCUCUCGACGUGUCGUGCUAUCGUCAUCGGGCUCGAGGGUCGGGUGAAAGGGCUGAUAGUUGAUUUGAGCUUUGAAACGAUGGUUCAGUAUGAAGACAGCUGGGACUCGGAUGACGAGUCCAUCGACAAUCAACAUGAACUAGAUCUCUAUAACCGCGCCCUCACAUGGAUCAACAGGUUCACCGGACUAGAACGUCUCCAUCUGUAUGAGCUCUCCGAUUUAAGGCCAUUCUUGGAACUGCCCUCGUUCAGGCGGCUCACCCAUGUUCACGUUGAGAUGGGUCCAGACGACGAAACUGCCGAGAAGGUCGCAGAACUUGAUCUUCCAAACUUACAGUCUCUUAACGUGGAAGCCGAUUAUGACUUUUGCGUGAACUUGCAUCAAUUCUUCCAAAACGCUCCCAACCUUACGGAAUUGCUGUUAUACGUCCCAAGAGUCCAGGUGCUUCCAGACGACAGCCAAACCAGGGCUACACACAGGAAGCUUGAGCGCCUCACCAUCUAUGAUUACGAUUUCACCUGUGACGACUUCUUCCACUCAGUCAACUUACCUGCGUUGACUCAUCUAGCCGUCUUUGUCUUGGAGCUGGAUGGCAUUGAGAAAACGGUCGCUCCGCUCCUUGGGCGUCUCAGGCCACUCGGACGGCACCUUCGGCGUCUGACUCUCUUGUCAGACGACCUUGUGCCAGAAUUCGAGGAGUUGGUGGAGAGGGGCUUCUUCGACGAAAUCAACGAUGCAUCUACUUUCAGGAAGCUUAAGAAGGGGAAAGCCACCAACCUAUUCAACCACGCAGGUCGAUUCCAGGAGCGGAAGGAUCAGUGGCACGCCAGCGAGUGCCGCGAGAACGAGGGAUGCUGCUGUGAGAUGCGGGAGCUGGAUUUGAAGGAGUUGAUGGAUGACAUUCAGAGUGUCAAGGUGAAAUUUAACAUUGCGACCUUAGACUUCUCGGAGUAUCACACCGCGACGAGGAUCUUUAGGGAAAGCAAAGCGAGCUGGUUUGAUAAUAGCCAUACCCCGGGAUGGUAGCGGUACUUUAGAGAGUGUCCUAAGCCUGUAAGGCUCGGAUGUCCAACUAGCUAUGUUCACC